CAAAAAUGGCCCAACGUAAAAGCAGAUUCACUGGCGCAACCAGAAAGUCAUCUCCUCCUCAACCACAAACCCAAGCUCCACCACAAAGAAACUAUUCUUCAACCCCACAACAACAAGCUCCACACCAAUCACAUACCACUCCACAACCAACUGCUCAACCACAAAUGGCUAGCUCUGGUGGAAUGGGUUCCGGAUUAGUUUCAAAUAUUGCUGGUGCUGUUGUUGGUAACAUGAUUGGUCAUGCUAUCUAUGAUUCUUUCACUGGUGGAUCAAAGGACUCUUCAGAACAACCACAAUAUUCUCAACAAGAAAUGCAAAAGUGUUUCUCUCAAAUGCAAGCUUUCUCUCAAUGUUUGGAACAGUCAUCAAAUAAUAUUUCUUCAUGCCAAUAUGCUUUUGACACAUUGAAUGAAUGUAAGAGAGGACUUCAACAAAACUAUCAACCAACCAAUCAAAAUAGUGAAUGGUAAUCAAUACUGGUAAUAAAAAAUUAAAAAUAAUUAUUAAAA